UUUCUCUCUCUUCCUUCUUCUUCUUCAUAUAUCGUCUCUUUCCCUGCAUCUAGAUGCCCUCCAUCCAUGUUCCCCUAGGUCCAUGGUAAUUCGAAAAUAGGAUGUGUGAAUCGGUGAAAAUGUUGAGCUCCUCUUUUGAUUUGCUUCCUUAUGUUAGGAUUCUCAAUGAUUAACUGCUACCCAACUAUGAAUCCCGAAACUUGGAAUGGUGCAUGAUCACUGAAUAUGUUGUGCACAUGAAGUGCUCGACGAAUUGUCACACUAAAAUUCUCACAAUGUGGAUCCUAUCUGUCAGAAAUGGAUUAAGUUUGCUGAAACUGGUGCCGGAUAAGAUGGAUACACAUAUUAUUCAUCACUCAACCCAUUAUUUAUCCAUAAAAAUAUAUGAUAAAUAGCCUAAUUUCGAGAGUCUUCACGGUGAAGUAGCUCGCCAGCCCCGUUGAAGGCAAACAACAACAUUAUAUGGCUAUUCCUCUAUUUAGAAGUUUUCGAAGACUUCUGUUACUUUCACAUCGCAGGCCUCUAUCCUCUUCCUCUACCUCGUACACGCCAAUUCUUGGAAACCGAGAAAGCUUUUUGCACUUGUCAAGGUUUGUGCCUCAAAAUAGCUUAACCCGACAAGGCUCAUGUUGGGACUUGAGGAACUUUAGUCAUGGAAGUGUGAAUUUUGUUAUAACAAAAGAUGGGAAACCCAAGUUUGAGACACAUGAAGUGGAAGCACCAAAGAAAGAAAAAUGGAAGACAAAGAAGAGGCUGAAGCUGCAAAGGAAGAGAGAGAAGAAGAAGAGAAAUGCUGCAAAUAAGAGGGAUCCAAGAAGGCUUGGUCUAAAGGGGAAGAAGAAGAAGCAGAAGUUUGACACUGCUGAAGAAAGAAUUAAGCAGAAGAUAGAAAAUGCAAAAGUCAAAGAAGCGCUGUUGAUUGAGAGACUAAAGCGAUAUGAGGUUACCAAAGUUCAAGGUCCUGAGGUUAAGCCACACUUCCUCACUGGCGAAGAACGAUUCUAUAUAAAAAAGAUGGGGCAAAAAAGGUCUAAUUAUGUGCCAAUUGGCAGAAGGGGAGUCUUUGGUGGUGUUAUUCUUAAUAUGCAUUUACAUUGGAAAAAACAUGAAACAGUCAAAGUCAUAUGCAAACCUGGUCAAGUCCAAGAAUAUGCCGAUGAAAUUGCAAGACUGAGUGGCGGCAUCCCAAUUCAGAUAAUUGCAGAUGAUACAAUAGUUUUUUACAGAGGAAGGGAUUAUGUGCAACCCGAAAUUAUGUCUCCUAUUGAUACACUGUCAAAGAAGAAGGCAUUGGAAAAAUCCAAAUAUGAGCAGUCGCUAGAGUCUGUGAGACGUUUCAUUGCGAUUGCUGAAAAGGAACUUGAACUCUACUACCGACAUGUCGCUCUAUAUGGUGACCCAAGUAACCGAAGUGCUUACUCCAUCCUUGAUGAUUCAAGAAGCACAAGAGGAAAACGAAAUGCUGAGAUAGGUGAGGAGAACUAUUCAGCAAGCAAAUCUAAUAUGUUGGAUCUUGAAUUGGAAAUUGACGAUAGUUGUUCUGAUGACAACCAGUCUUUAUAAUUUGAAUUUGAAAAUACCUGAAUAGGAGUUUUCAAUUCCACCUUAGUUUGGAAUUAACUACACCUAUGUUUUUAUCUGCGUAAUAUAUGAAGUUGUUAAUUAGCAAGUAGGGGUGUAUAUGACCGGGUUGAUUCAGGUUUUUCAAAUAUCAAACCAAACCAUUUAUGUCGAA